AUGAGUGGGAAUCCCGAUGUUCUGGAGUACUAUCGGAGUGACCAUUCCAAGAAGCCUAUCCGAGUGAUUGACCUGAGUGAGGGGGAGGUGCGCAAGUAUGCGGGGCCGGACUUCAUCCGGAGGGAAUUUCAGAACGACUUCGUGUUCGUCGUCAAGACCGUCUACCGCACUUUCUACUUGGUGGCCAAGACCGAAGAGGAAAUGCAUAUCUGGGUGCACAAUAUCAGUCAGAUCUGUAACUUCGGGCAGGGGACCAACAGCACAGACUCUGCAGAGAACCUUUCACAUAUCACCUCAUCUCCUCAGCCCUCCCCAGCCGGCUCCUUCCGUGCAGCGGCGGCUCAUGGAGCCAACUCCUUUUCUCAUGCUGAUGACUCUACCACAGCUGCCUUCCCUGGUAAGGAAGCCAGAACGGACUCCGAAGCUCUCUCCUUGCCAGACUAUCUGGUUCUGGCCCACUGUGAGACAAGGAAGCUCAAUCCCAGCAGCAGAUGUGACGCCUGGUCCAAUUCCGACCGAUCCCUGGAGCAAACGUCGUCCGACGAGGUCUUCCUCGACCCCCUUCAGGCCCAGACGGCCAGUCCCAUGCUGCCCUCUCUGGGCAGCGGGAAUGGACUUCAGGAGGGGCCGUCCCCUGGCUGUGGCAACUUCGGGGGACCGUCCGGCGACGGCUCGUCACCUUUGCCUUUGCUGGCGAGCCCCUCAGCUCCCAGCUUUCAGGCGGCCAAGGGGCCGGCCAUGUUCUCCUGUGCCAUGGCAGGAGAAAACCUACCAAACACUCCACCCCCUCGUCCUCCCAAGCCCAGCCAUUUCAUGGAGCAGCGCUCCUCGGAGGAGAGGCCCCCUCUGUGGGACGGCAGCGGCGGCAGGAGGACUCAGUGGGCCGGAGUCCCCAGAAGGAUCUCCCUGUCCAGUUUAGAUGCCGUCAGAAGCUGUCGGGCUGACAGAGAAGGCAGUUCCCUGCGAUGCCACCGGGAUAAGAGGCUCAGUUUGAACUUGCCCUGCCGCUUCACCUUGCCGCCAUUCUCCCUGCCAGGCAGCUCUGAAGACAGUUAUGUCCCCAUGCACCCCAGCAUUUCCUCUGCUGGCUUGGGACCAGAAAGCAAUGCUGAUGGCUACAUUGCAAUGAACAGCCCUGAGAGACUCUCCAGCCCCCUGGCAGAACUCCCCAAAGAUCUGGAGCCGCCCCCAGUGAAUCGAGACCUGAAGCCCCGGAGGAGAUUUACUUUGGAUUUCUCCUUUCUACAGCCCCCUGUUAUGCCUAAUAUCUGGUAUACCCAAAACAAUGUGCCAGUGGGCACCUAG